AUGGCGGGCCCAGAGCCGGGAGGGCUUCCCGCUCUCUCGCGAAACGGAUUGGAAACCUCCGACCUCAGUGAAAUGACGAAAAUCUUGAACGAUCUCAAGAGUAUCAUUCAUAAUCUAGAUGCAGAAAAGUGGCAGCCGGCCUCCAAGAAGAGUGGACAGCUGUUCGGCAAGAAGCCAUCCUCUGCUCGAGAUUACAGAGCCAAAGCGGAAGAGGAAGCCAAGCGCUUUCGUGAGGCCUUUCAUGAAUGGUCGUCCAGGCCGCAUGUGCGGUCGCGAGAUCCAGCCAACGUGGGAAAAUGGGAUCCAGCCAUCAGAGUCAAGCUGAGUGAGACGUACAACCUCGUGGUGACCGGCCCCGGGGAGACGGACCCGGCUGCAUUUCAGGACAAGCUCGAAGAGAUGGUGGACGCGCUGGACGCUUUGGUGAUCCCGAACCAAGAAGCAAUUCAGGUUCCUGAGUGGCGACCAAGCAACCCCCUCAGUGCCGAGCCACGAGUAGGGAUCGAUGUCGCGGCUGCCUUUGCUGAUCCACCAUCCUUUGAAGACGUGGGCCGUGGCACCGAGUCCGGCGAGUUCCCAAGCGAAGCCGAUCUCUGCAACUCCGCGCAACAGACUGCACAACCAGAGCAGAAGUACGAAGCGAAAUUCGGUCAACUGGAUUCGUCCAUAUGCAAAAGAUUUUGGCCGGUCCAAACCUUGGAGGAAAAGACGACAAAGUUCGAGCAGCGUCUUGGUGCAAUGUGGGAGAACCGAGAUAUGGCGCGGACAGGACCGAAGGCUACGGAUUCCAGUGACGAAGAAGAAGACGACUUGGAUCCCGACAAGGAGUUUCGUGAAAGUAGCCCAGAGGCGUCUGGUCCCCAAGAUGAUGUGCCCACCCGCGGAACCCAGCCAGCAGUUCGACGAUCAGAGCGGCUUCAGAACCUCGAGCAGCGGGAGAUUGAAGCAGGCAAUCAAGAUGAGGAAGAUGAUGCUGACAUGGAAAACCCCGUUGUUGAGCAGCGGGAGAUUGAAGCAGGCAAUCAAGAUGAGGAAGAUGAUGCUGACAUGGAAAACCCUGUUGUUGAGCAGCCGAACCCAGAGGUGCGAAUGACCACCGGUGAUUCGACCACCAUCGAGGCGCAGGACGAGGCCACUGGUCGUUUCAACCAACUCGAGCAAGAAGGACAUGGUCUUGUGCCGGAGCAGACUGAGGGAUUUGCCCGAGCGGAUCAUGAGGGUAGUGUUUCUGAGCCAUCUGAUCUUUCACACAUGUUGCUGGACGAGGGAGGAGAGGAUGCUCGGAUAGAGGACACGGUCGCUAAGCUGCCGGAGCUGCCGGAGCUGGAGAAGACCAGCGGUGAUUCGAACGCCAGCAAGUCUAGACAGACCGGAGGCACGCAGGGGGAGAAGACUAGCAUCGAGACCGAGACAGGAGAAGGCGGUGCUGAGAAGCAGCCACGACAGACAAGAGGUGACGGGCCCGCUAGUCGACUACGAAGCCGAACAGCAAAGUCAGCCGACCCGGACAAGAUCCAUACUCCAGCUCCAGCGCCACCACGCCAGGCGGCAGGCAAAGGUCGAAAGAGAAAGGCCACGGGCACCACCAGCUCGGGCCGGACUCGACGCCAGAAGAAAUGA